ACGGGCCGUUUCGUUGUCCCUUUCAGCCACCGACACCUUCUUCCUCUUCUUCACCCAAAAUCAUCACUCUCUCGCCGAGGAUCUUCUUCUUCUUCUUCUUCUUCUUCUUCUUCAUAGAUCUGAUAUCGAGCUUGACGCAGCAUUGUAUCAAUCGACGCUACCUGCAUCGCGCUACCGAGCUCCACAUUCGGCCGCUUUGUUGGAAUCAGCGACGGAACAUUGCUCCGCAAUCGCCAUCCCCGUUCGCUGACUCUUUUGCAGGCCAGCGAGGUUGCGCCGGAUGGCGCGGGACGCCGCCUCUUUCUCCUCCGACGAAGAGGACGACCAUCGGAACCUAAUCCACCAGAACGACACCAAGCCAGUAUCGCCCGCGGAGCAUCGAGCGGCCUCCUUCGACGUCGAGGACUUCGAGACUCGCAUCGGCGGCGACCGCCGGUCGAAGCUGGCGAAGGUCGCGUUCAACAAGAGGUACCUCGUCGCCGUCGUCCUCCCUAUCUUCAUUGUCGUCCUGUACUUCACCGCCGACCUCCGGAGCUUGUUCUCGUAUAAUCUUUCGUCGAUUAAGGCCGAUUCGUUCGGUGAUCGCAUGAGGGAGUCCGAGUUGCGAGCUCUGUAUUUGCUGAAGCAACAACAGCUAGGGCUUCUGACUUUGUGGAAUCAGACUUUUCGAGAUUCAGGAGCUGACCAGAAUAGUAGUCUGAGUGGCUCGAAUUCGAGUGAGAUCAACAAGGGGCAUCAGUCCUUGGCGUCGUCGUCCGCGUCGUUUGAUGAUUUUAAGUCCGCUGUGCUAAAGCAAAUUUCGUGGAAUAAAGAGAUUCAGGAUGUAUUGUUAUUGCCCCAUCAGUCUGGUAACUUGUCCGUGGAAGGUGCUGGCGAUGUAGGGCUUGCAAAUUUUGGUGAAUAUGGUUUUGAUCGGUGUAAAAAGGUGGAUCAGAGGUUUUCAGAGAGGAGAACUAGUGAGUGGAAUCCGAAAUCCAAUAAAUUUCUGCUUGCGAUUUGUCUAUCGGGUCAAAUGUCCAACCAUUUGAUUUGCUUAGAGAAGCAUAUGUUCUUCGCUGCUGUACUUAACCGGGUUUUGGUUAUCCCAAGCUCUAGGGUCGAUUUUCGGUACCAUAGGGUGCUGGAUGUUGAUCAUAUAAAUCAAUGCUUGGGUCGGAAGGUUGUCAUUUCAUUUGAGGAGUUUUCCGAGAUUAGAAAGAAGCACUUGCAUAUCGAUAGGUUCAUUUGUUAUUUCUCUUUGCCGCAACAUUGUUAUGUUGAUGAUGAACAUGUAAAGAAAUUGAAAAAUCUGGGGCUAUCAAUGGGCAAGCUCGAGUCCCCCUGGGUGGAAGAUGUGAAGAGGCCAAAUAAGAGGACAGUCCAAGACAUCCAGGCAAAGUUUGCAUCCAAUGAUGAUGUUAUUGCAAUCGGAGAUGUAUUUUUUGCGGACGUGGAGCGGGAAUGGGUGAUGCAACCUGGCGGUCCGCUUGCUCACAAAUGCAAGACUUUGAUCGAACCGAGUCGUCUGAUUAUGCUUACAGCGGAACGUUUUAUCCAGACAUUCUUGGGAAAGGAUUAUAUUGCUCUUCAUUUUCGGCGACAUGGUUUUUUGAAGUUCUGCAAUGCUAAGAAGCCAAGUUGCUUUUACCCUAUUCCUCAAGCCGCUGAUUGCAUCAGUCGGGUGGUUGGAAGAGCCAAUACACCUGUAAUUUAUCUUUCCACGGAUGCAGCAGAGAGUGAAACUGGCAUGCUGCAGUCACUGAUUGUGGUGAAUGGGAGAGUUGUUCCCCUUGUUAAACGCCCUGCUAGUAAUUCGGCGGAAAAAUGGGAUGCUCUGCUGUAUAGGCAUGGCCUCCAGGAUGACGCGCAGGUGGAAGCCAUGCUAGACAAGACGAUUUGUGCAAUGUCGAGCGUGUUCAUUGGAGCUUCUGGAUCGACAUUUACGGAGGACAUAUUGCGGCUCCGGAAGGACUGGGGAUCAGCCUCUGUCUGCGAUGAGUACUUGUGCCAAGGUGAAGAGCCGAACUUUAUAGCAGGCAAUGAAUGAGAUGGACCUCAUGUGCCAGUUAGUUAUUAAGACGAGGUCUCUGCCCGUGCCGAUGUCCCUCGAAACUCAAUGCGUGUCCCCUCCAUCGACACACACCUUAAUGUACUAUAGCAUCUUUGUAUAUGUGCAUAGUUUUCGAUUUAUACGAUUCUCUUCUCACUUGGCCA